AUGCCAGCUGCAGAGUCGUCCAAUCCCGUCAUAGUCCUCCUUCCAGAUGGCUCUAUUCGUUUGUAUCAUGAGGCACUGCUGCAGGUUGCGGACGUUUUGAGAGGCUUCCCCUGUCAUUCUCUCGCGUCGCUCAACCAACCACUUCAAGAAAAUAGCGCCGCUGAUCCUAUAGCCGGGGCGACAUGCUCUACAGCUGCAGCAGACAGCCAUUCCCCCAAACCUGCCUCCAUUAAUGUCAUCCCACCGCCGGUCGCGGCAGCUGCGGCUACUGCAAGCAGCAGCGGCGGGUCCCCAGUUGCAGGAACAUCCGCGGGGCUCCUUUUCCCCGCCGCCUCUGCGCCCAAACCUCCGCGGGAGCCGGCCGUUCCCGCGCCCCUUCCGCGGGAUCAGUUUCUGCAGCCGGGCGGAACGUACGCGCUGUUCCGCCCUGCGGCUCUCGCGCGCGCUGCGUCGGCCGCAUUUGCGGAAUCUUCCUCGAGUUCCUUGCGAUUUGAAUGGAUUACGGAUUCGCGCUCAGACCAUUCACGUGCCGCCUCCGGCGCUAUGGGGCGCCGCGAAGCGCCGAUCCAAGAUCCGAGGUUAAUCAGGGCGACGCGGCAUCAUGAGCCUCCAGCCGACGUUACUAGAUCUGCGCGUGCCGACUCGGAAUGGGAGCCAGAUGAUGACGUCAUGCGUGCAAUGAUCCCCCCGGCCGCCGCUGUUAGCUGCUUCAUGCCCGUUUCCUCCCGCAAGCCUGCUUCCACGACGGAAGAUCCGCAACGCGUCGCGGACGACGAGGCGCAAGGCGCCGGUGCCGCGUCCAACCACCCGUGGUUCGCGGCGGCGGCGGCGGCGACGCGGUUGUUUCGAGCGUCGUCAAUGCCGUCAGGAGGCGCCGGCAGCGUAAGUGCCAGUUUAACGGCGACCUCGCCUGUGCUUGUGGCUUGUGAAGCGACCAGCACGGACAGUCCGACCGAACACGCUGCGGCUGCAAACACAACAAGCACUGACAUUACUAAUCGUUGUAGUGACGCAACAACUGUCUCCGCCGUUAAUUCCAGCGCGGCGGAGUCGUUUCCCGAAACUAAUACCGCGGCCUCGCUUCGUCGCACGCGGAGCAGCGUCGGUCGCAUCGCCGAUGCCGCACCUACCGCGGGUUCCGCAGUUGCCCCCCCCGCGUACCUUCCCGCGCAAGCUUCCGCCGCGCCCCUCAUCUCUCCGCGCGGUCUGCUCUCCGCCUCCUCGCGGAAGCUCGUCCGCGCGCUCACGGCGCUGCCCCGCCCGCGCCUCUCGCGGAACAGCGACGUCCGCGCCGCGGCGGACCGCAGAUUAUCCACGUUCCUCGCAGCCUACGACGGCAGAACCGGCGGCAACGGCUGCGGCGGCGGCGGCGACGGGGGAGGGGACGCAGCAAGCAGAGGCGGUUGUUGCGACGGCGGAAGCAGCAGCUUCUCAGAGGGAGCGGGGCCGUGGUCUUUAAUAGACUUUCUCUCGCCGAGAGAAAAGUCGGCGGAGGGGAAGGUCAAGCGGGGCUUUGAGCUCCCCGCUUUCCGCGGAGAUUCGAGCGGCGCGAAGGGAGCCGUGGAUGGCGCCACUACCACCGUGGGUAGUAGCGGCAAGGGGAAGGGCCGUGGCGCGCGCGAGAGCAACGAGGUGGCGGCGAGCGCGCUCGCCGCCGCCGCCUUCACGAGCGACUGGGCGAGCCAGAUGGCGGAGUUCAUUGGCGCGAGCUCCGCUUCUUCCGCUUCUGCCGCUUCUGUGGCACGUCCCUUGGGUGCUGCUGUGAUGGGCGAGCACGGGGAGAAGCUAGAUGCCGUGGGACCCAGAACCACAGGCUCAAGGAGUUCUGGCACUGGCUGGACGUUCAGUGCGGGUGAAAGGAGUGGAGAUAAGGCGAAUGCAGGAGCCAGGGUUGGAGGGGCUGGGGGCUGGCAGGCAGGGAGCUUCUCGACAGGCAGCAGCGGGGGAGGCAUAUUUGGGGUAGGCAUAACCGGUAGGGAUGGAGUGGCAGCUGCAUGGGAAGCCCUCGGUAGCAGCAGGUCUGGUGUGCGAGGGGCGCGUGAGGAAAGGGACGGGUUUCUAAGGUAUGCAGGGGAGAGGGGUGGAGCCGGGAGUGGUGAAAGCGAGAGAGCCGGUGAAGAUCUCGACUACCACCACAAGCCCUACAUCUCCUGGGCAUGGCUCCUCAUGGGUGAUGGACUGGUUCUCUCCCAGAGUGCUCUCCGCGCCCUCCACGCCGAGACCACUGUUACCACGACCGGCCGUGGUCACCCCUCCGUUAACCAUGAUACCAAGAGGAUCGCCCACGGAGGCGUUCAGAGCACCUCCUCUUGCGCCACCAGUGAGAGUGAUCUCCUCUUCUUCCUCUACUACAAGCCCUAG